AGUUUCGCAGGCUUUGAUUGGAAGUUGGAAGAUGACAUAACCGGAAGUUUUGUUCAGCCUGUCCAGAGCGGGAACACGGAGCUGUUUUAGCACAGAAACUGCUGCUGCGUCAGGUCGUUGUUUUAAAGCCAACACCGUAUUACAUCUUCUGUCCGGUCUGAAAUUCUGCUGUCAGAAGGAAUCAUGCAGGCCUUCCUGAAAGGAGCAACUAUCCAGACCAGUAGACCCCAGAAGGAUAAGGUGACAGCGGGACCCAGUGGUGAGAAGAAGGCGAAGGCUGUUCCCUGGGUCGAGAAAUACAGACCCAAAUGUGUUGAUGAGGUGGCCUUCCAGGAUGAGGUGGUCACAGUGCUGAAGAAGUCACUGGAAGGAGCAGAUCUUCCAAACCUUCUCUUCUACGGUCCUCCUGGAACAGGAAAGACUUCCACCAUCUUAGCUGCUGCCAGAGAACUUUAUGGGCCGGAGCUGUAUCGACAGAGGGUGCUGGAGCUGAAUGCUUCGGAUGAACGAGGAAUUCAGGUCAUCAGGGAGAAAGUGAAGAACUUUGCUCAGCUCACUGUGGCUGGGACGCAUCCAAACGGAAAGCCAUGUCCUCCUUUUAAAAUCAUCAUCCUGGACGAGGCAGACUCUAUGACAGCUCCAGCACAAGCUGCGCUCAGGCGGACAAUGGAGAAGGAGUCCCGCUCCACCCGCUUUUGCCUCAUCUGUAACUACAUCAGCAGGAUUAUUGAGCCUCUUACCUCCAGAUGUUCCAAGUUUCGUUUCAAACCUCUGGCUAGUCAGAUCCAAGAAGAACGUUUACUGGAAAUCUGUGAUAAGGAGAAGCUCAAGUACACCAAAGCGAGCAUUGCAGCGUUGGUGCAGCUGUCUGAGGGGGAUCUGAGGAAAGCCAUCACGUUUCUUCAGAGCGCAGCGCGUCUCAACGCUGACAAGGAAAUCACUGACCAAGCUAUAAUUGAGAUAGCGGGGGUCAUUCCUUCCAAAAUGAUUGAUAAAUUGCUCCAAAUCUGCUUCAGAGGAACGUUUGAGAAACUAGAGGUCGCAGUGAGGAACAUGGUGAAUGAAGGAUAUGCAGCCACACAGAUCCUGAGUCAGCUCCAUGACUGCAUCUUGGAAAAGGACAUUACUGACGAGCAAAAGUCAGCCAUCUUUGAAAAGAUGGCGGUUGUAGGAAAGUGCCUUGCUGAUGGUGCAGAUGAAUACCUGCAGAUGCUGAGUUUGUGUUCGGUGAUCAUGCAGCAGGCUGGUCAGAGCUAAAACUCCGCUGAACAACUUCUCCAUACAGAAGGAAAAGUGUCACCUUGUUCCAAGGACCAACAGCUGAAGUUCCCUGGUUCUGAGUCACAGUGUUUCACAUGUUGGUCCAGAUUUACCAGACUAUGGUGGUUAAUGUUAACUGUUUCUCUUUUCUUAAGGAUGUUCAGUUCAGACAACAUAUUGUCAUAUUUUUGGAAUUUAAUAAAUUUUUUUUUUUAAUGUUA